AUGUACUUCUCAAUAUGGAUAUUUGUGCUUGCGCAAUUCAGACAUAUUCAGCAUGCCAACGGGGAAGAAAUGGUCGCGGAUUCGCCGCUAGGUCCGUGCGAGAGUCACAACCGCACCGAAGACGAUCUCCAAACUUUCGACUUCAUCAGCAGGAUGAAACUGGAUCUCCUGCACACGUAUUACGUCGGCGUAACGCGAGUUCGAGGUAGCAAUCGCAUGCAGACUGCCUACCGAUUGGAAAAAGACACCGAUAUCUCGAUGCCCACGAAGAAUAUACUUCCGAACGGUUUGCCAGAUGAAUUCAGCGUAGUCUGCACAUUCAGAGCCAGGAAACUGCCAAAGUAUACUUGGCAUAUUAUCAGAAUCGUCGACAUGGAAAACGAGCCCCAGUUUUUAAUCGCGGUGAAUGCGAAAACUCUGACCCUGGACAUUUCCAUGAAGGAUGCGGAGGGAGAAUUGCAGACGCUAUCGUUUGCGGCGGAUCGACUGUUUGACAAAAACUGGCACAAAGUCAGUAUCGGAGCAUUCGGUGGCAAACUGAUGGUCCACAUCGACUGCGAGCACGCUGGCACCCUUCCCACCCGACCCCGAGGACCGAUUAAAGUGGAUGGGAAAAUCUCAAUAUCGAAGGUGUCCCACACCACGCUCACUCUACCGAUCGAUAUACAGUGGAUGGUCUUGAACUGUAACCCCGCUAGACCAGAACGCGAAACCUGCGAGGAACUACCGAAGAGCCUGAGCAGCCCUUUAUUACCUCUGAGACGACCCGGCUGCGAAAUUAUCUGUCCACAGGGACCGCCAGGAAUUAAUGGCACAGAUGGAUUAGCUGGUUUACCCGGGCUACCUGGACCAUCCGGCCAAACGGGAGAGCCCGGUCUACCUGGACGACCGGGAUUACCUGGCCUACAAGGAGAAAGGGGCAAGACAGGCCCGCAAGGAUUAACCGGCGCACGAGGUUUCCCUGGGCCUCAUGGCCCUAAAGGACCAAUUGGGCUAACUGGACCUCCUGGGCCAAAAGGAGAAUACGGUGAACGGGGGGACAUGGGAUUUCCUGGACUGAAAGGGGACCAGGGUCUUCCAGGACCACGUGGCCAUCCUGGCGUACCCGGCCCACCGGGAAAUAUUAGUGACUAUCGUGCCGUUUUAUCACGAUUCGUUGGACCGUCGGGUCCUCAGGGGUAUCCGGGUGAGAAAGGUUCAAAGGGCGAGUCAGGCGUGGAUGGCAACAGAGGAGAGCAAGGUCAAAAAGGUGAGUUAGGAGAAAGAGGCCUACCGGGCAAAGACGGAACUCCUGGAGCAGAUGGAAAGCCAAGUACUCCAGGGUACCCUGGUCCAAAAGGAGCAACAGGUUUGUCAGGACUCCCAGGUCAGCAAGGAUCACCUGGCCUCCGAGGUGAAACCGGAGCACCAGGGCCACCUGGAUCUCAAGGGGAAAAGGGGGAACCUGGAGAAUGUGGACGUGAUGGUAUACCCGGUAUUGGUACGGUAACACCAGGAUUACCUGGCCCUGAAGGUUCUCCUGGCACACCUGGAGAAGAUGGUUUUCCAGGACCUAAAGGAGAACCAGGUCCUGUUGGCCCACCAGGUCUUCCGGGAAUAGGAGGAAAAACUGGUCCUCCAGGUUUUCCUGGAGUGCAAGGUCCACCUGGUCCAGCAGGAGAUAUAGGUCCACCAGGACAUCGGGGGAUUGAUGGUUCGUAUGGACCACCAGGUCUUGAUGGAAAACCAGGUAGUAAAGGUGAAAGAGGUCAACGAGGAGAACAAGGACCUAUUGGACCAAGGGGCUUACCCGGAAACGGCGGAUCUCCUGGUAUACCAGGAAUCGCUGGUUUCCCGGGAUUAGAAGGACGACCUGGUCCACCAGGCCCUCCUGGUCCUCCUGGACCAACCGGUCCUGCGAGUCCGACAGCAAACAUAUUAAGCGCAACCGAUGUCUUGAAAAGUAUCGGUAGUCCAGGAGUUAGUGGACCCAGAGGUGUGCCAGGGUCCUCGGGGCUACCAGGCAAAAGCGGACCUCCUGGUGAACGUGGUCCAGAAGGUCAAAUCGGACCACCGGGAAUGCCGGGAAAGGACGGGGCGCCAGGAUUACAGGGGCUACCAGAUUUAUUUCUAAGAAAUUGCUAUUCGAUUAGUUAUUCUAAAAUUUACUUUUAUUGGCACAUACCGUAUACAGAGCAGAUGACAGAGGUGUCAGCACUGAUGCAAGGUCCACCUGGUCCACCAGGCCGAGGCCGUCCAGGUCGUCCUGGAUCACCUGGUCCACAAGGUCGCCCAGAGAGGCUGAAAGAACUAACAGAGGGUCUUCGAGGGCCACCCGGGUUGCCAGGGCUGGCCCGACAGGGCCGUCCUGGUCGAGCCGGAACCCAGGGCAUCCCAGGUGAUCCAGGCCCCUCAGGUCUGCCGGGAGAACGCGGCUUCCUCGGAUUACCUGGACCACAAGGCCCUACGGGCCCUCAGGGUGCAUCCGGUGAACGGGGGGAGAAAGGUGAUAGAGGACCGGAAGGCGUUGGCGUGGAAGGGCCAGUGGGGCCAAGAGGAUUGCCUGGACCACCUGGCAAAGAUGGCGUCGGAUUGCCUGGCAGGCAAGGAGAACGGGGGGAACCGGGCAGACCAGGUCUUCCUGGGAUGAGAGGCCCGCCUGGACCGCAGGGAUUACCCGGGUUUUGCGAAUUGUGCAAUUAUCCAAGCACCAAUUACUUACAGUACACUCGCGGCAAUGAAAAGGGACCUUAA